UGUUGCGCUGCACUGCAGAGCCGAAAGUAACGGCCAUCUGCCAGAUAGAGAGAACCAACUGUGAAAGGAAUUCAUCAGCUCACACACACAUAUACACACACUCUCAUACACAGGACGCAACGUUCCCAGAGUGAAGGGGAAAACCGCGGGGACCGGCGCAUUCGUGAGUACACAGCAAACUGAUAMAUCUGGACUGACCAUUCAGAAACGGCACCACUUAGUCCUGUGUCCCACCACCGCUUAAGGAAUAUCUAUUUUUAAUAUACAUACCUAUUUUCUGCUUGUAAGAACUCUUGAGAACUGUUUUUCUCCGAACCAUUCCAUUGUGGACUCCAGCAGAUGCAGAAAGUGGGAGUUUAAAAAACAUUAUUAUUAUUWUUUWWUUUUUUUACAUGUUUACGCGCGUGUGUCUAGUGCACAGUGACUUUUUUCCGAGCAGUYAUGCUCGUGUCUUGUGUGGAAAGUUUUAUUCUGGUCAUAUGUAACACAUGCUGCAUGCUGCAGUAACUUCAGUCGCGAGCAUCGCGAGCCUUCCUGCUCUCCUCCUGCAGAAAGCCUGGACUCGCUGUCCUUGCGUCAGUCGAGACGAAGAAGAAGGAUACAGGAAAAUAUMUAUWUUUUUUUAAACAGACAACAAGAGAGCAACAACUCCAGAACAGGAGAGGAGAAAAUAAAAAUUUCCCCUGUGCUGCUUUCCUUCACAACCACUGACUGAAGGACAGUAAAUCAGAAGGCGCGAGCCGGUACAGAGGUGGAGGGAGGACAGGACCGGUUGGUGUCUCCAAAUUUCACCAGGGGGCUCGAGUUUCAGCCGGCCCUGGGCCGUGGUAUUAAAAAGUGAAUUUGACCUGGGAUAAAUUGUCAACAAGAAAAUCGGCAGAGGAGAACUGGCAGGUGUACAAGUUCAUUUGCGUGCAUACAUAUAUUAACACCGGCGCMGCUAUACAUAGUUGUUGUUUUAAGGACUAGCAGCUUAAUACGAAGUACCCCCUCAUCUAUACAACCUUACAACUCCACACACCGGGCACACAGACGUCCUCUUCGAAUCGAAGAAGCAAUCUACAUCCGCGAGGGCUGCCCAGUGUCCUGCCCGGUGUUGGUUUGGCUGUGAGGGCGGGAGUCGUCGCAUGGACUGACAUGGCCACCGACCUCGCCAUGAGCGCAGAGCUGCCCAAUAGCCCACUGGCCAUCGAGUACGUCAACGACUUCGACCUAAUGAAGUUCGAAGUAAAGAAGGAGCCYCCAGAAGCUGACCGUUACUGCCACCGCCUCCCCCCGGGAUCCCUCUCCUCCACCCCGAUUAGCACGCCCUGCUCCUCCGUGCCUUCCUCGCCCAGCUUCUGCGCCCCCAGCCCUGGUGGCCAGUCGAGCCAAAACCUGGCCAACGGCGUCAACAGCAACAACAGCGGCAGCAGCAACACCCAGAGCGUUGGCGGUAAGCCUCAGUUGGAGGACCUGUACUGGAUCCCCAGCUACCAGCACCACAUCAACCCCGAAGCCCUCAACCUGACCCCCGAGGAUGCGGUGGAGGCCCUCAUCGGCAACGCCCAUCACCACCAUCACCACCACCAGGGCUACGAGGGCUUCCGCGGCCAGCAGUAUGUAGGGGAGGAUCUAUCCGCGACCUCGGCCGGUCACCAUCACCAGGCCCACCAUCACCACCACCACCACGGACACCGCCUCGAGGACCGCUUCUCGGACGAGCAGCUGGUCAGCAUGACAGUGCGCGAGCUCAACCGGCAACUGAGGGGGUUCAGCAAAGAGGAGGUGAUCCGCCUAAAGCAGAAGAGACGCACGCUUAAGAACCGAGGUUACGCGCAGUCCUGCCGCUACAAGCGCGUGCAGCAGAGGCACAUGCUGGAGAGCGAGAAGUGCACGCUCCUGAGCCAGGUGGAACAGCUGAAGCAGGACGUUGCGCGCUUGGCCAAAGAGCGGGACCUCUACAAGGAGAAGUACGACAAGCUGGCGAGACGAAGCUACAACGGUUGCGGGCCCGGUAACAACAACAGAGACCCCUCCAACGGAAACCACGGGAAACUGACCUCCACGGAAUUUUUCAUGUAAGAGACUGAUUCGUGACAUGACCUUUGCCCCCUUCUUACAUUUACAUUUUACAUUUAAGUCAUUUAGCAGACGCUCUUAUCCAGAGCGACUUACAAA